AUGGGUAUCUCUUUAUAUUCAUCUUCAUUGAAAGUGAGCUUAUCAGUCCGUCGAUGCCAAUGGAAACCCUGUCAGGAGAAGUGGAUUUUGCCCUAUUACAGAAGGAAAUUUAGCGUGUUCCCACUUUGCUUGAAGCAAGGUGAUUCCUCUAUCCCACCAUCGUUCCCAAAAUCGCUCCAACCCCAGCCAAUUUAUGACCCUCCAGAGGAGCUGUAUGGACUUUCUGUCGAUCCCCAGCCAAGGAAGCUUGUUUCUGAGGUCUCGAAACCAAGAUCUUGGUUUGGCCCUAAUGGUCAGUAUAUCAGAGAACUUCCUUGUCCGAGUUGCAGAGCGAGGGGUUAUACACCAUGUACAAAUUGCGGUAUAGAAAGGCCUAGAGCUGAUUGUUCUUUGUGUAAUGGAAAGGGUACAGUUGCAUGUCGUCAAUGCCUUGGUGAUUGUGUAAUCUGGGAAGAAUCAUACGAUGAACAGCCAUGGGAAAAAGCCCGCUCAAUUUCUCCACUUAAGGUAAAAGAAGAUGAUGAAGUGGAUGAUUUAGACAUAAAGUUAGAUGAGGGGAGAAAAACCAAGCGUGUAUAUCAUUCUCCAAGACCAGAAGUAAAUAUGAAGAUUAGCAGAGCACUCAAAAGCCUCAAUGCUAAAACUGGAUUAUUCAGUAAGAGGAUGAAGAUGAUCCAUAGUGAUCCCUUGCUUCGUGCACAAAGAAUCGCUGCUAUAAAGAAAACUAAAGGCACCCCUGCUGCUAGGAGACAGGCUUCUGAAGCUAUGAAGAAGUAUUUUGAUGAUCCAGAGAAUCGACGAAAAAGAAGUAUAUCCAUGAAAGGGGUGAAAUUCUUUUGCAAAAAUUGUGGACGCGAAGGCCAUAGGAGAAACUAUUGUCCAGAACUUCGGCAUGACCUAGUUAGUAGACAGUUCAGAUGCAGAUUGUGCGGUGGGAGAGGGCAUAACAGAAGAACCUGUAGUUCAAAAGGGAAAGAGCAGGCUAAAGGUGUCUCAAGAAAUCACCAUUGCCGUAAGUGCGGACAGAGGGGGCAUAAUAGUCGGACAUGUCCCCAGGGAAAGAUUGCAGAAGUAAAUCUCAUGAGUGCUAGCAAAGAUUCUGCUGCCAUCAAGAAAAGAACUUAUAGUUGCAGCUUAUGCUUGGUGAAAGGCCAUAAUAUCAGGACAUGUCCCCUAAAGAAGGGAUAA